AUGGUUUCGUUUUUUAAGUCAAAAAGUUUAUGGGAACCAGAUAGACUUGUAUGUAAAUCAGGUCGUGUUGAUAUUUUUAUACAAAAUCGACCUAUUGUUUGGAGUCGUACAUGUGCAGAUUGGUAUUCAAAUUUAAUUUCAGCUUCAUGGAUAUCAGUAUUAGCGUUAAUCAUGGCAGUAUUUCUAAUAAGUUGGACAUUAUUUGCUCUUGUUUGGUAUGUUAUUGCUUUUUACAAUGGAGAUUUUCAACCUGAUCAUCUUCGACCAAAUACUGAUCAUCGUCCAUGUCUUGUUAAUGUUGGAAAUAGUUUUUUAGCUUUUUUUCUUUUUUCAUUAGAAACUCAACAUACAAUUGGUUAUGGAUAUAGACAUGUUAAUGAUGAAUGUAAAGCAGGAGUUAUUCUAUUAAUGAUUCAAUCGGCAUGUGGUGCACUUAUAACAAUUUAUGUUGGUGGAAUUGUUUUUAAUAAAUUAGCGCGACCAAAACAAAGAAUGAAAGUAUUAACAUUUAGUGAAAGAGCAGUAGUUGCACCACGUGAUGGACAAUUAUGUUUUAUGUUUAAAGUUGGAAGUAAUAUUAUUACUCAAUUAACACGUCCUGCUAUACGAGUUAUUUAUUAUAAAUUACAACCAACACAAUCAGGUGAUGUUAUACCAGUUGAAAACUUUGAUAUGGCUGUACAUCCUUCAAAUACAAAUUUAAUGUUAUUAUGUCCAUUAGUUAUUGAACAUAAAAUCGAUCAAUCAUCACCACUUUAUCCAAUAUCACCAAUAAAACUUUAUAAUUCGGAAGGUAAUGGUUCUGAUGCAUUUGAAGUUGUUGUUAUUAUUGAAGGAACAAUGGAGUCAACAGGUGAUGCAUGUCAAUAUCGAACUAGUUAUAAACCAAGAGAAAUUCUUUGGGGUUUUCGUUUUAAACAAACUAGUUUUACAUUUGAAGAUGGAAAAAUAAAUUUUGAUAUGACAUCAUUUGAAGAAUUUGAACCAGUUAAUAUGGAUAUUUAUAUUGGAAAAGGUAAAGGACCAAAAUUAUUUGCACCUGUUUUAUCACAUAAAAUUCAUCGACGAAGGAGACGAAAAAGAAGAUCGACUCAAGAACAUGAAUCGCCUGUACGCGUUAAUGCAUGA